GCCAUUUUACAUUUCGAAGGAAAUAUUAUUAUCAUGGUAGUCCUAUCCUGGAUUUCACAACAACGUCUUUGAUUACGAUGUAGUUUGUCAUCAGAAUCAUUGAGUAAUCAAAAGUAUUAGAAGAAUUAUGAGUUCUCCUCAUUUCCAUACUGUUUUCAUCAAAUUGAAAGUUGACAAGCAGCUGAUGAAGAGAUUUGAAGUGAAUCCACCAGAGAGAAAAAAAGAAGCAUGUCAAGGGCAGAGAAUUACAAUACAGUUAAAAGAUACGUCAUCCUGUGAGGAGGAAGUGGAAAAGGAUGACCUUGACAUUUACGCCAGUGAAACACGUGGACAAAAUCAGAAAAAUUCCCGUUCCAUGACACAUUAUGUCAGUAGGGGCAUAACAGAUAAGGCCCUGAGAGAACUAAUUGAGAAUAAGGAAUUUUUACAGAAUUAUGUCAGACAACUCCUGGAACAUAACAUUCGUUUUGAUGAGCUGGACCUCACACAAAACCAGCUGGUAUUUGAAGUGUUUGUGUCGGACCCGGCAGACUUUGGUGACACCAUGAAAACUUGUCUAACACCAUUGAAUGGCACAUUUUUGUUGGAGAGUGAAGGCAUAUCUUCAGGGUUUGAAUCCACUCAAACAUUAUUUGGUAAAGUGAGUACAGAUCAGGAUUCUCCCAAUCGGGAAAUAACCUCUUCUAGUCCUGGGCCAGAUGGCCUGAUGGAAUCGGUAACCUUGAGAAAUGAGAAAUAUUCUAAUGAGGAAAAUGUAUUGGAUGAUUCAAAAAGUGCUGAGAAGGAAUGUGAUACUGUAACAGGUGAUGAACAGAUGAUUGAAGGUUUGUUAGAACAGGAAAAGUUAAUGAUGUUAGAUUUUAAAACAGUUCAAGAAAAACUCACAGACAAAAAUGGAACAGGAACAUCCUCAAUGAAUAGGACAAGAAAAAGAGCUGAAAGCUCUGGUAUAGGAAAAUGGCCAAAUCAGAAAAAAGUUUCUUGUGAGGAGGACUUUGAUCAUUCAGACACUGUAUUGAAGUCAGGAAAGGAAAGGACAAAGAAAGGUUCACAUGGAACAGAAACACAAGAUAUUCCAGAUUCUGUAAAAUUUUCUAGUAUUCGUGUUAAAGACUUUGAUGGAAUCAACUCUGUAAGCAGUUACCCCUCCAGAGUUAGGGCCGGAAAUGACACUGAUGUGCUUGAACCGAUCGUGAGACAAAUGCCGAGAUCCAAAUCAGAGAGGGAUGAGUCAUCCGAGAAGGUUAUUGAGCAUAAUUCCAGAACUGUUGAAACAUUUAUGAAAAGAGAAGACUACACCAUAGAGGGUGUCGACCAAGAUCAGGAGUCUACCAUUAACUAUGAGGUAGAUGUGACAGUUAGGACGAGUAAGAUCAUUGAUCUGUUGAUGAGUCAGAUUAUAAGUGGCCAAAGCAAGACUCUUCGGAGUUUAAAGGAAGUGUAUACAUAUGUCAACUUCCUGUCGCACAUGUCAGCAGUCUUCUACAAAUACCAUUACUAUGAUGCGAAAUCUACAUCUGAAGAGCUUAUUGUACAGCUGGUAGCUGGGCUGAAUGGAGGAAAAGACACCAAACGACCUCAACAUUCACAGGUUGAUUACACACAAUUCAAUCGUGACCACAGGGUUGGAACUGGCCGAACUGAUGUACACUUACCAUCUAACACUCCGCACAAGAAACGCUUCCAUAAUGAUAAAAGCAAAAAGUGGGGAGCGGCAAUCCUCAUCAAGGAUCCAGAUAAAUCAGGACGAUUGUCUCCAGAAGGGGGCAAUGAGAUUGAAGAGGAUCUUGGAUCAUUGAAGAAAGAAAAAGGAACAGUGGAACCAUCAGGUUGGGAGGUAAAGGAAAGGAUCAUGGCAAAAUUAAAAGGGGAAGGUACAAGUUGUCAGUCUAGGUUCUUUGAUCAACCUGAUACUGAUGGUGGUGAUUUAGAACAAGAAAAUGUCACCCAACACAAUCUUCAACAUAGCAGAAUCGAAUCCUUGGACUCUCUCGAGGAUGGGGUUCGACCUGAUGGCCGUACCCCUGACAUAGAUCCAGAAGGCAAUGGUGAUUUUCCUAGUGAUGAUGACCUUUCCAGUGACAGAGAGGAAAGCGAUGAUGUAGAUGAUGAGUCGGAUUACCUUGGUGAUGAGGAUAUCGACGAUUGUAACUCACAUGGUGUGCGCACUGUACCGGCAGGCAAUGCAGACUCUGGUGGUGGGGCAGCCAUGGGGGCUUACGGAGGUCAACAUUCAUUUAACGAGAGACACCGGGCAUUUCUGAAAUCCUGGAAUGUAACACUUGGAGACAAUGGGGAAAAGUGCUUGCUCACUGCUUUGAAAGACUGUAAUAGGCAACAGCACCCAGACCCUAGUACUAUGUUCCUACUAGACUUGUCAAGGAGCAUGGAACAGGCCGACAAGGUCACACAAAUGAAAAGCAAGGUCAGAAGUAUAUUACAAGUGGCUGGAAGUAAACACUUUGGAUGCCAGAUGUCCGAGACAUAUGGUGUGGCAGUAUUUGGGCACAAGACAGAAGUACUGUUAUAUCCCUCCAGACAGCUACACGAUGUACAGGAUACAUUAGACUUGACCAGAUUUAAUGAGACAGCUGGACGAUCCCCCCUAGGACUUGGUCUCCUUCUCUGUACCUGUGUGUGGUUCACAGAAAAAGGCUCAGGUGGCACUGUCUGGUUACAUGGACGGAAGGUCCGACCUCGGAUAAUUGUUAUCAGUGAUCUGGAAUUGAAUGAAACUGCAAGUGUAGCUGGAGGAAGAGAAGACGACCAAGAUACCUUGGGAUAUACUAUGGAGGUGCACAAUGAGCUGUUAACAAUAGCUUUGAAACUGAAAAAGUUGGGUAUCCCGGUGUUUGUAGUGCCAGUUGGAGACACAACACAGAUGCCGGAGGUUUACACCCGGCUGGAAUCAGUUACAAAUAUAACAGGAGGAAAACUGCUCACUAAAUCCGGAGAACUGCUCGGCCGACAGACAUGGCAACAGAUCCUAGCUUGUAAUAUACUGAGAAUGUUGGAGAAUGAGUGGGAACCUAUGUCUCCUGAGGACGUCCUUAAUAUUAUAAAGUCUUUCACUGGAGAUGAUCCUGAGGACAUGGAAAGUGUUCAAAGGAUAAUGAAGGAAAGAAAUGAUAGAGAAAGAAACGAAGAUGAUAUUCGUUUGCUCCUCAAGCAGACCGGAGAGCCUGGUGAACAGCUAUGGAAAGAAUUUCCUUUGGGGGAACGAGUACAAGAAGUACACGAUGAUGACCGAACAGGCACCGUUGUUGGCCAUUUACCCCACAAGAAAGCCUUGGUACAGUGGGAUAAUAAGUCGACUGGUGAGCUAGAAUCUAAAGAAAUGUCCUGUCUGGUCAAGGGUUCCACAAGAGAUUGUAGAGAAUACCUGGGUGAAACUCAUGUGGUUGGAUCAAGGGUCCGGAGAAUAAAUUGUGCGAAUGAUGUGCCCCAGAUCAGUAUGGAUACUUCAGAAGUGGGCAUUGUGCUAACUUUGUCUGCACUUCAGCCAAAUGUAGUUUACGUUGCUUGGGAGGAGAGUGGGAUAUGCAGACACUUGAGUUCUGAUAUCUGCAGGUUUGUAGAAAAAGAUGACAUUUACCAGUUUGACUCUUUCUGGCUGUUCUGUGACAAUAAUCAGUGGCAACCUUUUCCUUUGGAUGUGUCAAAGACUAUCGAAGAAAAGAAAGAGGGAAAUCUAUUACCAAAGACUAUGGUCAUUUCACUUGGAGGAAAAGGAUACAGGUUGAUGUUCUCCAAGCAUCAGAUGAGAUGUACUGUACCAGACACCCAUGGCCACCCCAUUCUAUUUCCUAUUUGUAACCAAGCUAUUCCAACAAGGGACCAGACCUAAGCUUGUGAGAAUGUGGAAAUAUCAAGAUAAUGUGGUGUUGGACUGAAGCAGUCAAUUAGAUUGACUUAUAACUAAUUACUACUUACUGUAAUGACAAGUGAUGGAGAUAAUUUGUCAGGAUUGUCAUCAAUAGAGAUUAACCUGCUUUAAAGUGAUACACCGACAUCAACGUUGUCAACAAGGUGAUACACCAACUUCAAUGUUGUCAACAAGGUGAUACACCAACUUCAAUGUUGUCAACAAGGUGAUACACCAACUUCAAUGUUGUCAAUUAGGUGAUACACCAACUUCAAUGUUGUCAACAAGGGUGGUACACCAACAUCAAUGUUGUCAACAAGGUGAUACACCAACUUCAAUGUUGUCAACAAGGUGAUACACCAACUUCAAUGUUGUCAAUUAGGUGAUACACCAACUUCAAUGUUGUCAACAAGGGUGGUACACCAACAUCAAUGUUGUCAACAAGGUGAUACACCGACAUCAAUGUUGUCAACAAGGUGAUACACCAACUUUAAUGCUGUCAACAAGGUGAUACACCAACAUCAAUGUUGUCAAUAAGGAUGAUACACCAACUUCUAUGUUGUCAACAAGGUGAUACACCAACAUCAAUGUUGUCAAUAAGGAUGAUACACCAACUUCUAUGUUGUCAACAAGGUGAUACACCAACAUCAGUGUUGUCAACAAGGUGAUACACCGACAUCAAUGUUGUCAACAAGGUGAUACACCAACAUCCAUGUUGUCAACAAGGUGAUACACCAACAUCAAUGUUGUCAACAAGGUGAUACACCAACAUCAAUGUUGUCAACAAGGUGAUACACCAACUGCAAUGUUGUCAACAAGGUGAUACACCAACAUCAAUGUUGUCAACAAGGUGAUACACCAACUGCAAUGUUGUCAACAAGGUGAUACACCGACAUCAAUGUUGUCAACAAGGUCAUGCACCAACAUCAAUGUUGUCAACAAGGUGAUACACCAACUGUAAUGUUGUCAACAAGGUGAUACACCAACUGCAAUGUUGUCAACAAGGUCAUGCACCAACAUCAGUGUUGUCAACAAGGGUGGUACACCAACAUCAGUGUUGUCAACCAGGUGAUACACCAACUGCAAUGUUGUCAACAAGGUGAUACACUGACAUCAACGUUGUCAACAUGGGUGAUACACCAACAUCAAUGUUGUCAACAAGGUGAUACACCAACUGCAAUGUUGUCAACAAGGUGAUACACCAACUGCAAUGUUGUCAACAAGGUGAUACACCAACUGCAAUGUUGUCAACAAGGUGAUAUACCAACUUUAGUGUUGUCAACAAAGGUGGUACACCAACAUCAAUGUUGUCAACAAGGUCAUGCACCAACUUAAAUGUUGUCAACAAGGUGAUACACCAACUUUAGUGUUGUCAACAAAGGUGGUACACCAAGAUCAAUGUUGUCAACAAGGUGAUACACCGACAUCAACGUUGUCAACAAGGUGAUACACCAACUUCAAUGUUGUCAACAACGGUGACACUUUAGCUUCAUUUAUGUCACAAAGACUGAUAUGCCAACUUUGAAGAUGUCAGCAAUAGCAAUAUGCUAGCCUCAUAUAGUUGUCCAUGCCAGCAGUUGUUGCUUACUGCGAUGUAUAUUGUUAUGUUGGUUGCCAAUAGCAAUACAUCAGCUUUGAGAUUGUCUUUCAUUACAAUGUGUUGUAUGUUACACUGGCGGUACCAGGUUUAUGUAACUAUGUAGUUAUAACCAGUAAUAUCAUCAGUUACAUGAUGUACAACUGUACAGUAUCUACUGCCCUUAUAUGGCCUUAUUCUGUAUCACACUGACCAGUUAUCUACCUAAUAUUGCUGUAAGAUAAUUAAUGUUCUCAACAUACCUGUGAUAGUGUUAUUUUUGUUAAGUUUUCAGAUUUGCGUUACAUGUAUAUAUUGGUAUUGUGUACAGUACUUACUAUGAAGGUGCUUUUAUAGGAUGGGAUACUCAUUAUUGCUGUUAUAUAACUAUAAAUCAUACACAAUUUUCAAAUAAAAACUUCAAUGUUUUGUCCGAGAGUUAAUACAUUUCAAAAUACCACCAAAGCAUCAGACAGUGCUUUGUAAGGUUUUAAUCAUCUCAACUUAACUUUGAAUAAUAUAAAGUUAGAUGUGCAAUCAUUUUGUAUGCAAUAAUUCAUCCAUUUGCAAAAUUUAACAACAUGUUUCACCAUUACGCUGACAUAAAACUGACUUAAGUUCAUUUCAUGUUCUUAAAAAAUCCCAUUGUCAUCUGUUUAGCUUUGAGAUUGAGUCAAAUAUGUUUAAUUAUUAAAUAUGUCAAGGUUACUUUGCUGUUUCUUAGUUACAUUAACAUGAUCAUUAUAUAUUAAGUUAACUGUUGUACAUUUUGUUUUAGUAUGUGUCAUAUCUCCAGUUAUUUUUUUACUGAUCUUGCCAUUAUAAUCAUCUGUUAAAUAUAUUUACUGCUAAAUGUAAAUGUUAUAUUUUGCGAAACUGAAAAAUCUUCUUUGUAGAUAACCUUCAUUUUAUGAACUUUUCCAUUCACCAUUGGUCAGUCUUUGGUACUGUACCAUUGGCCAGCCUUUGGUACUGUACCAUUGGUCAGACAUUGGUACUGUACCAUUGGUCAGACAUUGGUACUGUACCAUUGGUCAGCCUUUGGUACUGUACCAUUGGUCAGUCUUUGGUACUGUACCAUUGGUCAGACUUUGGUACUGUACCAUUGGUCAACCUUUGGUACUGCACCAUUGGUCAGCCUUUGGUACUGUACCAUUGGUCAAACUUUGGUACUGUACCAUUGGCCAGACUUUGGUACUGUACCAUUGGCCAGACUUUGGUACUGUACCAUUGGCCAGUCUUUGGUACUGUACCAUUGGUCAGCCUUUGGUACUGACCAUUGGUCAGCCUUUGGUACUGUACCAUUGGCCAGCCUUUGGUACUGACCAUUGGUCAGCCUUUGGUACUGCACCAUUGGCCAGACUUUGGUACUGUACCAUUGGCCAGACUUUGGUACUGUACCAUUGGUCAGCCUUUGGUACUGUACCAUUGGCCAGUCUUUGGUACUGCACCAUUGGCCAGACUUUGGUACUGCACCAUUGGCCAGUCUUUGGUACUGCACCAUUGGCCAGACUUUAGUACUGUACCAUUGGUCAGACUUUGGUACUGCACCAUUGGCCAGUCUUUGGUACUGCACCAUUGACCAGUCUUUGGUACUGCACCAUUGGCCAGACCUGGUAUUGCACCAUUGACCAGUCUUUGGUAAUGCACCAUUGACCAGUCUUUGGUACUGCACCAUUGGUCAGACUUUGGUACUGUACCAUUGGCCAGUCUUUGGUACUGCACCAUUGACCAGUCUUUUGUACUGCACCAUUGACCAAUCUUUGGUACUGCACCAUUGGUCAGACUUUGGUACUGCACCAUUGGUCAGCCUUUGGUACUGUACCAUUGGUCAGACAUUGGGACUGUACCAUUGGCCAGACAUUGGUACUGUACCAUUGGUCAGCCUUUGGUACUGUACCAUUGGUCAGACAUUGGUACUGUACCAUAGGUCAGACGUUGGUACUGUACCAUUGGUCAGCCUUUGGUACUGUACCAUUGGUCAGACUUUGGUACUGUACCAUUGGUCAGCCUUUGGUACUGUACCAUUGGUCAGACAUUGGUACUGUACCAUUGGUCAGACAUUGGUACUGUACCAUUGGUCAGACUUUGGUACUGUACCAUUGGUCAGCCUUUGGUACUGUACUAUUGGUCAGCCUUUGGUACUGUACCAUUGGCCAGCCUUUGGUACUGCACCAUUGGCCAGACUUUGGUACUGUACCAUUGGCCAGACUUUGGUACUGUACCAUUGGCCAGUCUUUGGUACUGUACCAUUGGUCAGCCUUUGGUACUGACCAUUGGUCAGCCUUUGGUACUUUACCAUUGGCCAGCCUUUGGUACUUUACCAUUGGCCAGCCUUUGGUACUGACCAUUGGUCAGCCUUUGGUACUGCACCAUUGGCCAGUCUUUGGUACUGCACCAUUGGCCAGACUUUGGUACUGCACCAUUGGCCAGUCUUUGGUACUGCACCAUUGGCCAGACUUUAGUACUGUACCAUUGGUCAGACUUUGGUACUGCACCAUUGGCCAGUCUUUGGUACUGCACCAUUGACCAGUCUUUGGUACUGCACCAUUGGCCAGACCUGGUAUUGCACCAUUGACCAGUCUUUGGUAAUGCACCAUUGACCAGUCUUUGGUACUGCACCAUUGGUCAGACUUUGGUACUGUACCAUUGGCCAGUCUUUGGUACUGCACCAUUGACCAGUCUUUUGUACUGCACCAUUGACCAAUCUUUGGUACUGCACCAUUGGUCAGACUUUGGUACUGCACCAUUGGUCAGCCUUUGGUACUGUACCAUUGGUCAGACAUUGGGACUGUACCAUUGGCCAGACAUUGGUACUGUACCAUUGGUCAGCCUUUGGUACUGUACCAUUGGUCAGACAUUGGUACUGUACCAUAGGUCAGACGUUGGUACUGUACCAUUGGUCAGCCUUUGGUACUGUACCAUUGGUCAGACUUUGGUACUGUACCAUUGGUCAGCCUUUGGUACUGUACCAUUGGUCAGACAUUGGUACUGUACCAUAGGUCAGACGUUGGUACUGUACCAUUGGUCAGCCUUUGGUACUGUACCAUUGGUCAGACUUUGGUACUGUACCAUUGGUCAGCCUUUGGUACUGUACCAUUGGCCAGUCUUUGGUACUGCACCAUUGGCCAGACUUUGGUACUGCACCAUUGGUCAGACUUUGGUACUGUACCAUUGGUCAGACUUUGGUACUGUACCAUUGGUCAGACUUUGGUACUGUACCAUUGGCCAGUCUUUGGUACUGCACCAUUGGCCAGACUUUAGUACUGCACCAUUGACCAUUCUUUGGUACUGCACCAUUGGUCAGACUUUGGUACUGCACCAUUGACCAAUCUUUGGUACUGCACCAUUGGUCAGACUUUGGUACUGUACCAUUGGCCAGUCUUUGGUACUGCACCAUUGACCAGUCUUUUGUACUGCACCAUUGACCAAUCUUUGGUACUGCACCAUUGGUCAGACUUUGGUACUGUACCAUUGGUCAGACAUUGGGACUGUACCAUUGGCCAGACAUUGGUACUGUACCAUUGGUCAGCCUUUGGUACUGUACCAUUGGUCAGACAUUGGUACUGUACCAUAGGUCAGACGUUGGUACUGUACCAUUGGUCAGCCUUUGGUACUGUACCAUUGGUCAGACUUUGGUACUGUACCAUUGGUCAGCCUUUGGUACUGUACCAUUGGUCAGACAUUGGUACUGUACCAUUGGUCAGACUUUGGUACUGUACCAUUGGUCAGCCUUUGGUACUGUACCAUUGGUCAGCCUUUGGUACUGCACCAUUGGCCAGUCUUUGGUACUGCACCAUUGGUCAGUCUUUGGUACUGCACCAUUGGUCAGGCUUUGGUACUGUACCAUUGGUCAGACUUUGGUACUGUACCAUUGGCCAGUCUUUGGUACUGCACUAUUGGCCAGACUUUAGUACUGCACCAUUGACCAUUCUUUGGUACUGCACCAUUGGUCAGACUUUGGUACUGCACCAUUGACCAAUCUUUGGUACUGCACCAUUGGUCAGACUUUGGUACUGCACCAUUGGUCAGACUUUGGUACUGCACCAUUGGUCAGACUUUGGUACUGCACCAUUGGCCAGUCUUUUGUACUGCACCAUUGACCAAUCUUUGGUACUGCACCAUUGGUCAGACUUUGGUACUGCACCAUUGGUCAGACUUUGGUACUGCACCAUUGGUCAGUCUUUGGUACUGUCGCUGUGUUGUGGAACCAAAAUUUCACUUAGUGUUAGUUAAUGCUUUAAUAGCAAAGCGUCAAGCUCAAACUGUCAUGUUUUGUCCAAAACUGAAAGUUCUUGGAAUUACUUUGUAGCUGUCGUUUAGACUGUCCUACUAUCUGUCUGUCCAUCUUUCACACUUUGUUUCAGUGCAGUAACUGCUACAAAUGUUAUCAGAUGUUUGUUAAACUAGGUAACAAGGUUAAAUGUAUAAAGAGCUAAGCCAUGUUUGAUUGCCAUUUCUACUGAACUUUAUUCGAUGGAGUUAUGGCCCUUUGAUUAACUAAAAACAUUGUUUUCUGCAGUUCCCUGCAAUAAUUCACACAAAUAUUACCCAAUUAUCAUCAAACUGAGUAACAGAGUAAUUAUCCUCCCUUGAUUCAUGAAGAACAUUGUUAUUUGCUAUUAGAUUACUUCUGCAAAUAUUUUCAUUUUUUUUUUACUUUAUCCCAUUAUACAUGUUCAAUAAAACAUAAAAAUUCUG